AUGUCCGGCGCUCGUACGGCUCUGCGGGACGUCGUCGCACUGCUCGAGAACCCCGACGGAGUGCACGCGUUCAGGAAUUGGCUGUCAAUCGAUCCAGCGCGUACAAUCGACGCCCUUGACCUGUAUCUCGCACUACGCGGUCUUUCACUUCUCAUCGAAAAUGAGGACCCGAAUUCGCAGCGAACCGCUUGUCACAUUCACAGAAAGUACAUCAGUCUCCGCACGGGUUCCUGUCAUUUCCUGCCCCAUGAUGCCCGUCUCGAGAUGUCCUCUCGUAUCCACUCGCUUCCUCCAUCACUUCCCACCUUUUCCCCUCCACUUCCACCAAUCGAUCUUUUCUCUCCAAUCCACGAUCAUCUCCAUAAUCAUCUCAGCUAUCUUCACUCGCAAUUCAUCACAACAAAACUCUUUCAUGAUUUUGUCCACAUGGUCACCUCCACAAGCUCUUUCGAUGUCCAAGAAGCGACCACCAGUUAUCCAACGAUACAGAGAUCAAUGCAAGCGAUCGAGAUCGAGGAAAGCGAUGGGGAAAGGGAGGAAAUCGAAAGAAAUGAGCUGAAUGGAGGAGGGGGAAUUGUUGGAAUGGACAAGCCACCGAUUGUCCCACCACAUCGAUCAUUCACAUUCAACACGGUCAAGAGGAAAAGGGUGAAGGUUCCUUUACUCGUCGAGCCGACUCCAUUCCGUCAUGAUCGACCCGAGGGACGGCUACAUUUUGCGGCAGUGCUCUCCGAGAAAUUGGAUCAUUUACGAAUGGAAAUCGCGCAACAAAGAAAUGAAGAUGAGAAAAAUGCAUUCAAAAAGCCGGCUUUUGAAGAAACGACAAGUGAUGAAGAAGUGGCAAAAUACGCAGAACGGAUGAAUGAAAGGAGGAGAAGUGCCUCUUGCUCCCCUCCAUCAACAAUUCCACUCUCCGUCGAGCCACUCGGCGGUCUUUAUGGUCCAAAGGGUUUUGCCCCUCCACCACAAGCGAUCACCACAAAUCCCUUCAAACAUCGAAUCGAUUUGACGACACCGCGGAGAUCACAACCCAGACACCACGAGGUGCCCCCAUCGGACUCAUCCGGUUUCUGCAGUGCUGAGUCGGCUUUCUGUGAUCGAUCGAUUGAUCGAAAAGCUCAAGAGUUCCCAAUUUCUCCAUUCAAUCGUCGAGAUCGGAGUCGCGACGCGCAUCGUCGUUUCACUUUUGGAACCAUUCCUCGUCCUCAACGAAUCUCAAAAGAUCCGCAAACGACGUUGACGAUCACUUUGCGCGAGAUCAGCGGCUCAAAUUCGAUUCCCCUUGUCGCGAGAGUUCCCGCAAAUCCGCCGCUCACCUAUCGAGAGUUUCGGCGACUUUUCGGCAUUCGAAAGGAUUCAAGAAAGAGACUUUUCUUCAAAUCUCCUUGUGAUGAUGGAUCGGCUCCAUUUCAAUGGAAUCUCCUCUUCGACGAUUCCGAUUUUGUGCCCACAUUCGGCACUCAAAUUUUUGCUGAAAGUCGCCCCUGUUUGAGCGAGGACUCAGAU